AUGCUCACAGCCUGGGCGCUUCUGCUCUUCUUAGCCAUGUGGGUGAGAAGCACCUCCGGUGGCCCGCUCUCCUUCAGAAUAGCUGCCAUCCUUGAUGACCCUAUGGAGUGCAGCAGAGGAGAGCGUUUAGCCAUCACGCUGGCCAAGGACAGCAUCAACAGGAACUCCAACCGCUCCACAACUGGCAAGUUGGAGGUGGACAUCUUUGAACUGCUGAGAGACAGUGAAUAUGAGAUGGGGGAAACAAUGUGCCAGAUCAUGUCCAAAGGGGUAGUGGCAGUCCUCGGCCCCUCCGCCAGUCCGGCCUCCAACUCCAUCAUCAGCAAUAUCUGCGGAGAGAAGGAGGUGCCCUACGUCAAGGUGGCUCCAGAGGACAUCCUGAAGGUCCAGUUCCCUCGGUUCACCACUCUGGACAUGAGGCCAACCAACACUGACAUCAGCCUGGCAGUGGCUGGUCUUCUCACCUUCUUUAACAGCACCGCCGCCUGCCUCAUCUGUGCUCAGGCUGACUGCUUGUUGAACCUGGAGCAGCUCCUCAGGCGAUUCCUCAUCUCCAAGGAGACCCUGUCAGUGCGCAUGCUUGACGAGAGCCAGGACCCGACCCCGCUCCUGAAGGAGAUCCGAGAUGACAAGACCGCCACCAUCAUAGUCGACGCCAACGCCACCAUGUCACAUAUCAUUUUGGAACGGGCAUCAGAGCUGGGAAUGCUGUCCGUCUACUACACUUACAUCUUCACCUCACUGGAGUUCUCUCUACUACGGCUGGAUGAUGUGGCGGAUCAACGAGUCAACAUAGUCGGUUUUUCAGUCUUCAACCAAACUCAUCCCUUCUUCCAGGAUUUUGUGCUAAGCCUCAACCGCUCCUGGCAGGAGAACUGUGACCAUGCACCCUUCGCUGGCACCCCACUCUCCUCAGCGCUGCUCUUUGAUGCGGUAUACGCGGUGGUGGCAGCGGUCCAGGAGUUGAACCGCAGCCAGAACGUUGGCGCCACUCAGCUCUCCUGCAAGUCCUCCAAGAUUUGGGAGCAUGGUACCAGCCUCAUGAAUUACCUGCGGAUGGUAGAGUUGGAAGGUCUAACGGGCCACAUUGAAUUCAACAGCAAAGGCCAGCGGUCCAACUACUCCCUGAGGAUCAUGCAGAACAGCAAGGACGGCCUAAGGCAGGUAAACCAAUGGCGCGAGCACCAGGGGUACACUAUAAAACACCCACUGCCAUCUUUGCAUGUUCAGACGAGGCACAACAGCUCUCUUUCUCUCACACGAGAACUUGAAAAUCCAUACGUGAUGCUGCGGCACAACCACCACGACCUGGAAGGAAACGACCGCUACGAAGGCUUCUGUGUGGACAUGCUGAAGGAGCUGGCCGAUAUACUGAAGUUCAAGUACCGCAUCCGUCUGGUCGGCGACAGACUGUACGGGGUUCCCGGGGCUAACGGAACGUGGACUGGCAUGGUCGGGGAGCUCAUCUCAAGGAAAGCUGACCUGGCAGUGGCCGGCCUCACCAUCACCGCAGAGCGUGAAAAGGUCAUUGACUUUUCCAAGCCUUACAUGACCCUUGGCAUCAGCAUCAUGUAUCGCGUCCACCUGGGCCGUAGGCCGGGCUACUUCUCCUUCCUGGAUCCCUUCUCCCCUGGAGUCUGGCUCUUCAUGCUCCUGGCCUACUUGGCUGUCAGCUGUGUCCUCUUUCUGGUGGCAAGAUUGACGCCGUAUGAGUGGUAUAACCCCCAUCCCUGCCUGAAAGGUCGCUGUAACCUGCUGAUCAAUCAGUACUCCCUUGGCAACAGUUUCUGGUUCCCAGUUGGCGGCUUCAUGCAGCAAGGAUCCACCAUCGCUCCCAGAGCUCUGUCCACACGAUGUGUCAGCGGAGUGUGGUGGGCCUUCACAUUAAUCAUAAUCUCAUCCUACACCGCCAACCUCGCUGCCUUCCUAACAGUCCAGAGGAUGGAGGUGCCGAUAGAGUCGGUGGACGACCUGGCAGAUCAGACGGCGAUAGAGUACGGCACCAUGCACGGAGGAUCCACAAUGACCUUCUUCCAGAACUCUCGCUACCAGACCUACCAGCGCAUGUGGAACUUCAUGCACUCGAAGCAGCCCAGUGUGUUUGUGAAGAGCACGGAGGAGGGGAUAGCCCGCGUCCUCAAGUCCAACUAUGCCUACCUGCUGGAGAGCACCAUGAACGAGUACUACCGCCAGAGGAACUGCAACCUGACUCAGAUUGGAGGACUGCUGGACACGAAGGGCUACGGCAUCGGCAUGCCGCUGGGGUCAGUGUACCGUGAUGAGUUUGACCUGGCCAUUCUCAAACUGCAGGAGGACAAUCGUUUGGAGAUCCUCAAGAGGAAGUGGUGGGAUGGUGGCAAGUGUCCAAAAGAGGAGGACCACCGUGCCAAAGGUCUGGGAAUGGAGAACAUCGGCGGCAUCUUCGUGGUGCUGGUGUGUGGCCUGCUGGUGGCUAUCUUCAUGGCAGUGCUGGAGUUUGUCUGGAUGUUAAGGCAGACGCCAGGAAAUGAGCAGACUGUAUGUGAGGAGAUGGUGCGGGAGCUCCAGGGCAUCGUCCUGUGUCGCGACAGCCUUCAGGUGAGGCGCAGGCGACCGUCUUCAGGGCUGAGGCCGCGGCCCUUACCCCUCGAGGAGCGCCGGGUGCGAGCCGCUGCCAUGAGCCUCAGCAAUGGCAAGCUGUGUGGGGGCACCGGACUGCCUGAACCCCUCUCCCACAGACUGGCACAGGAGGCUGCCCUGGUUGCGAGGGGGUGCAGCCACAUACGCAUUUGCCCCGAGUGCCGACGCUUCCAGGGACUGAGGAUGCGUCCUGGAGGGGCCACCGGGGCCCUCCCCUCUCCCACACACAGUGAGGAGAGCAUAGAGUGGGACAAGACCACAAAUAGCAGUGAACCUGAAUGACACCCAGUGAUUCCAACAGGACUGACUCUCCAGGCAGACAUUUCUCUACUUUCCAGGGAUCAAAGAUCAAGUAGUAUUUUCAUACAGCCAUUUGGAGCUCGUCGUUAAAGGGCAGGACGAAUCCCUGGACCUUUUUUUGCCCCAGAGGCAACCGCCAGCAGUCAGCUUUUGGAAUCUCCUUGGUCGUAGGAAGAACUGAUGAGUCUGUCUUAUUGUGGUCUGUCCCUGUCGGCCCUCUGAACCGUAUGAAACAGGACGGGCAAAAAACAGCCACAGGGCUUUUGUACUAUGCAGUAUUUUCAGUCAUUUAUCAUUGUGCUGUUUCUUUAUUUUCAUUUUUAAAUUAUUUCUGUCCUCUGUUGGAUUAUCAGUAUUGAAUAUUGUUAUUCUAUUGUUCUUUGGAAAAAAAAAACAACCUUCAAAACAAGUUCCCUUUUUAUAUCAGACAAUUUGCUGUGUGAACGUAUAUUGCCUCGGAAGAGCUGCGGAGAUAAACAGACUAACGCAAGGUCAUCCUUCAAAAACCUUUUUAUUUUGAAAGUGCCAAAAACAAGAAGUAUUAUCUUGUGGCUGAAGAAGAGCACCGCAGCCUUGAGAAGAAGACAAACUCAACUGAACCUAAAGCGAACAGAGUCGCGAAGAUCCACCGACUUCUUUCAUAAUAGUGAUACUCUAAUACAAAAGUUUGAAUUGUUGGUAUCUCUGAAAGACAGCGAUGCAUGUCCAGGGGUGUUGGCAGGUGCUCAGAGACUGAUUAAGGUGAUCGAGGAGCUGAAAGAAUGAAAACCUGCUGAAACGACGGCUACUCACAUUCAUCUCCUUCUUUCUCUGUCCUGACUUCACCUUCUCCUCCAUCUGUCCUGCAUCUUCAACACAUUUACUGUCUCACCACCUGUCCUCUUUAUGAUCUCUCAUUAGAAAAUAUAUACACACUCUUCGACGCCAUAUACACACUCUGCUAGAGAUUAGAGGCAAUUCUCUCCAUCUCUCACACAUUCAACAAUGGUUCAGGUUUCAUGAGGACAAGUCUGCGUAUAAAUGAAACAGAGCAAACAUCCCAAACCAACCAAAAAGCAUAAAGUCCCCGAGUUAAUUUUUUAUACCAGCAGUUGACUUAAGUUCUUAAAUGUCAAUUCAGUUAAACUUUGAUAGAAUGUGAGGUUUUACACACUGCUUCCAGGAGCAUUUCAGUUCAGAUCCGAUGCUGUCUGGCGUUUUUUUAUAGUUUUAUUCUUGCGAAAACCAAACAUAGAAUUUUUAAUUAGGUCUUUAGACGGUGAUUUUUCCUAUAUUGUUUUAAUUAAGGCUGAUAAAGACAAAGUCUGAAUAAUCAUUUAAUCCAAUGUGUAUCAGUUCAUAAAUGGUGAUUACGGUAUUUGAAGUCGAACUGAAACUAUUUAAUGAUUCUAGAUUUAAAUCCCUGUUUGAAAUGUAUUAACUCCGUUUGGUUGUAUGUAAUGAUUGAAGGAAUAGUUGUCUUUAUUUCCUUUUAUUUCCCCCCUAAAUGUGAAAAAUGAGAACAAGCUGCCAGCGAGUGUUUCCUUCCCUUCUGCUUCGACUGGGACACGUUCCUCGAUCUUUUCCCACUGAACCGACGACAGCUUGAAGGUGUUACUCUCUGAUCGUCUGACUGUGGCACAGUUGGAAUCAGCGGCCGUGCACCUGUCACCACUGCUUCUUGCUAUCUCGGAUGUGUCCAUCAUUUUAAAUCUGCCCAUCAGGUUCUGUCAAUCAACGUCCCUCAGAAAUAGGCCACCAGCUCCACAUGGCUCGAAGGCAACGCUGCAGUGUCUCUUAACGUUCACGUCCUAUCUCCGUCAUGCAGGUUGCUCACGGUUAGAAACUCUGUCCAUAUGCUUUUUUAAAGUAGCAUCCUGGGGAAGGAGGGGUUGUUUAGAAGAGGUGACCACCCCCUGCUGAUCAAUCACCGUGUUUAAAUGUGUUUAUAGAAAUAACAUUUUGAAUCAAUUCUGUAUCAUUAAUCAGUAAUUUAUAGAUUUCAAUGUAUGUUUACAUAUAUGUUUUAUACAAUUUCAUAAGCACAGCAAUGUCAUUUCACCCAAACUGCUUCUUUUUCGGUUUUUGCGUUAAUAGACAGAAGUGUGGUUUCAGAAGCUGGCGAUCAUGUGACACUGUUGUAGAUCAGCCGCUGACGGACCUGAACUGCAAUACUGCAAGACUUGCACAAUUGUACUGAUACAACUGAUCACUCUGAACUGGGUGAAACAGUGGUACAGAGGUGGUACAGAUAAUGGAUGGAUAGCUCUGAAAAACUAGUGGAAUUUCUAUUUGAGGGGGUCUUAUGCCCCCGUUUUCAAGUUGCUAAAAAGUGUUUCAGGACUUCAAAUUACUUUUCAACUCAGGUCUGAACUCCCACAAGGACACGCCAGCAUCUGGAACUUUUGAUUCACCAUAGAAACGAAAGGGACUAGCAUAGGCUUUACAUUAUCAACUGCUGAAGAGCUAAACACACCAGUGCAUCUAAUCCUCCAGUAAUGAGCUGCAGAAGGUUUGUUUACUCUGUGUGAUCAACAGGGUUCCCCAGUAACGGUCCAAAGUGUUUUUUUUUAUUACGUUUACAGAGAGAUACAGAUCUACAUGCCUAUAAUAUUCAGAUGGACGUUAUUACUUAUCAGUUAAUGUAAACUUUCUAUAUUUCUUUUUAUAAUAACUCGCUGAUGAAAAAUUGCCAAGCAAAGCGGCCAAGAAAAAAAGAGCCACAUUUCAUUACCAGUUUUAUAGAAGAUGCUUCUAUUAAUUUCCUGAACGUCCGUGAGAAACUUGUGCGAGCCACAAGGCUCCCCUGCACCUGAUGCUAACUCCUUAAACACUGAAAACAUUUACAGUGCUGCUAAAUCAAGCGUAGUCACAAUGAGAUUGCCAAUUACCUUGAAGGCAUGAAGAGCAGUAGAGUAAGAAUUCAAACAAAUCCCUCGGAAACACUGGGCGACCUUCGCUGGGAGAGGUGGCAGCGCUCGGCUGCCAUAUUUUAUCUGCUUUAUUUUCUUACGUUGAC